AUGGCUCCCAAACGGCCGCUCGAGUCGAAGGAUCAGGAAUCUGUAUCCAAAAAGCCAAAGCGCGGCUUCCGAGUUGGCCCGGACAAUCUGCCGGACGGCCCCUGGCGACGGAAAGUGACGAAGAUCAAGAAGGAUCUCAUUCACAAGGCCAAGGUGAAGAAAGAAUAUGCCAAGAUCAAGGCGCGGGAGGAGCUAGUAACGACGGCGCCCAGAACUGGGCAUGCGGACGACAGCGACAAUGACACGGGCGAGAAUGGACAUGAGGCCGCCGAAGACGAGGAGCCUGCGGCGGCGAUCCACCCGACGCGAGAACUCAUGCUCAAGGACGAAGAAAUGGCCCAGGUUGGCGCCAACGCCGACGGCGCGGAAAUGAACAUGGCGAGCGACGGUCAUCGCCGCAGGACACGACGUCCGGGCUAUUACGACAAGCAGUUGAAGAAGGCGGACCAGCUGCGGAUGGAAGCUGAGGAGCGAGCCAAGGAGAUGCAGCGCCGACGCGAGGAGAGAGAGCGGAAGCUGGCCGAGAGGGAACGCUUCAAGAGAGCGAUGGCCAAGACACGGGGCAAGGACGGCAAAAAGAAGCUCGGGCGUGAAAGCACCAUCUUGCUGGACAAGGUGAAGCGGCUUGUCGGUGAGGGGCGAUAA